AUGUUUCAGAACUUGGAUUGGCUCUACUGGUACAAGCAGAGUGCAGGAGAUACUCUGAAAUUAAUUUCAAAGCUGCGUAAAAACACAAACCCCAUUUAUGGACCAGGAUUUUCUUCCUCAAGUUUCCACAAAACAUAUGGCGACAAAAUGAGCCAAAUGACAAUUUUGAAGACAACUAUUGAAGAUGAUGGAAUGUAUCACUGUGCUCAUAUUAACUGGCUUGAAUCUGCGUGGAGUGCAACUUACUUGUUAUUAAAAGGAACAACGAGAACAUCGAAUACAAUUUUUAUUCAACAGUCAGUGGUUUCACAUUCUGCUCAUGGAGCAGAAUCAGUGUCUCUGGAGUGUUCAUUCCUCACUGACUCUGGUCAAAAGUCGUGUUCAGGAGAACCCAGUAUGUUCUGGAUAAGAGCCAGGUCUGACAAAUCUUACCCAAAUGUCAUCUACAAUGAUGGAAGAAGAUCACAUUAUUGUGAAAAGAGGGCUGACAUUCAAAAGAGAUGCAUUUAUAACUUCUUCAAGAACGUAAGCUCUGAUGGUGACGCUUACUACUGUGCUGUUGCCACAUGUGGAGAGAUAUUAUUUGGAAAUGGAAAUAGCCUGGAUUUUCCAGGCAAGUAUAACAUUUGA